AGCAACUAUCAGGCUGCCAGGUUUACCUACAGAGAGUAUUUCUAGCAAAGAGGAUUCAAUGAAAUCAAAAGAGUAGUUAUAGUGGAAGUCAACUAAAUUGCUGUGAACCAUCUUUGAAGAACUGAUUUGUAUUGAUAUGGAUUUCUUACAGCUGCCAGACAGAAUCAUCAAUAAAUCAUCUGGGGGGGACAAACAGCAGGACGACUCAGCAGCAGUCAGACACAGACGGCAGACACCUGCUGACUUCAGCAACAUCUACAGCAAAGACCUGCUCCCAGCUUCAGGUGGUGAGGAGAUGACCAGAGGAUUUCUACAGGAGCUACUUAACAUCCUGUUGAGUUAUAUCAGCAAAUCAACUCAGAGGAGCUCCAAGGUCCUAGACUUCCACCACCCUCAUCAGCUAAAGGAGGGACUGGAGGGCUUCAGUCUGGACCUGCCCGACCAUCCAGAAACUCUGGAGCAGAUACUAGUGGACUGUAGAGACACACUCAAGUAUGGUGUCAGUACAGGCCAUCCACGUUUCUUCAACCAGCUAUCUUCAGGUCUGGAUGUGAUCGGUGUAGCAGGCGAGUGGUUAACCUCUACAGCCAACACUAACAUGUUUACAUAUGAAGUGUCUCCUGUUUUUGUCCUCAUGGAGGAGGUUCUGCUGAGGAAGAUGCAAAGCAUUGUGGGGUGGUCUGAUGAUGAGGGAGAUGGAAUCUUCUGUCCAGGAGGCACAAUAUCAAACCUGUACAGCAUCCUGGUGGCCAGAUAUCACUUCUACCCUGAGGUGAAGACCAGAGGAAUAGGAGCUUUGCCUCGGCUGGCCCUCUUCACCUCAGAACAUAGUCACUAUUCAGUAAAGAAAUCUGCAGCCGUGCUGGGGAUGGGCACUGAGAAUGUGGUCAUGGUGAAAUGUGAUGAAAGAGGGAAAAUGAUUCCUGCUGAACUCGAGUCCGCCAUUGUUACAGCUGUAAAAAAGGGUUUGGUUCCAUUCUAUGUUAAUGUGACAGCAGGCACCACAGUGUACGGUGCCUUUGAUCCUCUCAAUGCCAUCGCUGACAUCUGCCAGAGACACACGCUGUGGAUGCAUGUUGAUGCAGCGUGGGGUGGAGGCCUGCUGAUGUCGGACAGGCACAGGAUGAAACUACAGGCCAUUGAACGAGCCUGGUCUGUGACAUGGAAUCCUCACAAGAUGAUGGGCGUCCCUCUGCAGUGCUCUGUCAUACUAGUCAAGAAGAGAGGUCUCUUACAGGAGUGUAAUGAGUUGGGGGCUGAGUACCUUUUCCAGACAGACAAACCCUAUGAUGUGAGCUAUGAUAACGGAGAUAAGAGCAUCCAGUGUGGCCGACAUGUCGACGUCUUUAAACUGUGGCUGAUGUGGAAGGCGAAGGGUUUAGAGGGCUUUGGAUUUCAGGUCAACAAAUGCUUAGAGAACGCAGAGUAUCUGCACGAUCAACUGCAGAGGAGAACAGACUUUGAACUGGUCUUUAAACACAAACCGGAGCAUAGUAACGUAUGUUUCUGGUACAUCCCUCCCAGUCUAAGAGGCCUACCACCUGGACCUGACAGAGAUACAAGACUCCAUCAGGUGGCUCCUAGGAUCAAAGGCAGGAUGAUGGAGAAGGGCUCUGUUCUGAUUGGCUAUCAGCCUUUAGGAGACAAAGUGAAUUUCUUCCGGUGUGUGUUCUCCAAUCCUGCCACACAGCCAGAGGACAUUGACUUCCUGCUGGACGAGAUCACCCAGCUGGGUGAUGACCUAUGAAAUCUGAUAGGAUUGUUCGGUCUCACCCCACUUCAUGACAUUUUUUAAAGGAAAUGAGUGUAUCCAACUAGGAGACCAUUAUUUACUGUGGCAUUAACCUAAAUUGUAUCCACCCAAGGUACACAGUCAAACGUUAGUGUGCAGGCAUUUGACUGUUACUUCAAGCUGUGCUCCGCAGCCUCUGCUUAACAGUAGUUUUUGGAUCAUUUUAAAGCAUAUCCUGCAGCAU